AUGGGCGACGACUCAGUGAGCUCGUCCUUGCCCAGCAAGCCUAACGGCUCCAAUGGCCAUUCGCUCACCCCACGCGAGACCCCGGCGCAGGCUUCGGACAUCGCAAAACGAAACGCUGCACAGAGGGGCGAAGGCGCUCCUCGGGCACAGCCACCGACCAGAUCUCGAAGCCGUGCAAAGAGGAGAUUCAGUGGUAGCACCGGCGCCAGCAGCCACAGCCCAAGUAGUGAUAGAGGCUAUCACUCUAGAAAGGACGAGGAGUCGAAGUCCGCGCCAUGGGGCGUUAUAGGUGUCUGCGCGCUUGAUGUAAAGGCUCGGAGCAAGCCGAGCCGGAAUAUCCUCAAUCGACUCAUCGCCAACAAGGAAUUCGAUGUCAUCGUUUUCGGGGACAAGGUCAUCCUAGACGAAGACAUUGAGAACUGGCCCAUCUGUGACUAUCUUAUAUCGUUUUAUUCCGAUGGGUUCCCUUUGGACAAGGCUAUUGCCUACGUGAAGGCACGAAGGCCUUUCUGCGUUAACGAUGUACCCAUGCAAAAGAUCCUAUGGGAUAGGAGGAUAUGUUUGAUGAUCCUCGACAAGAUCAAGGUCCCUACACCGAAGAGGCUGGAGGUCAAUCGAGAUGGUGGACCAAGUCUUCUAACACCAGAAAUGGCGGCCCAUCUGAAGGAAACGACGGGCGUGGUCCUGGACGGGCCCGAAGACGGGACUGGCGGCCAGAUGAGUCCUCCUCAAGUGGUGGAGCUUUUAAACAACGGUGAUACCUUGUCCGUCGAUGGCGCGCUUUUGCCCAAACCAUUCGUCGAAAAGCCUAUUAGCGGAGAAGAUCAUAAUAUAUGCAUAUACUAUCCUAAGAGCCAGGGUGGUGGAGCUCGAAAACUAUUCCGUAAGAUAGGUAACAAAAGUUCCGAGAGAGUCGAGGGUAUGAAUGUUCCUCGCGCUAUUCUGGACCCUAAUAGCAGCUACAUCUACGAGAAGUUCAUGAAUGUGGACAAUGCGGAGGACGUGAAAGCAUACACCGUAGGGCCGAAUUUCUGCCACGCAGAAACCCGCAAAUCACCUGUCGUGGAUGGCUUGGUUCGACGCAACACUCACGGGAAGGAAGUUCGUUAUAUCACCAGUCUUUCCAAGGACGAACAGUCAAUGGCAAGCCGGAUCGCUAUGAGUUUUGGCCAGCGCGUCUGUGGAUUUGAUCUGUUGCGAGCCGAGGGGAAAAGUUAUGUCAUUGACGUCAAUGGUUGGAGUUUUGUCAAGGACAACGAUGAAUACUAUGAUCAAUGUGCCCGCAUUUUAAGAGAAAUGUUUAUCCGAGAAAAGCAGACACAGCUAGGACUACCAACGGAUAAUAGCACCGCCACACCAGCCCAAUCAGAUGGCACCGCCAGCCCCGUCGUCAGGAAAGAUACAGCUAAAGAAAACCAUCGGUCAACAUUCCAGACACUUAUUUCCAGGUCCCCUAGCAUGCCCAAAUUGCAUGCCAAUCAUAAGAAGGCUCCAGUGGUUGCAUCUCCGGAUGUUUCGAGCGCCCCGACACCAAGAACAUCGCCGCCUGGGGCCGACAAAGGUUUGCAACUUUCAAGCGUACCUGCUGUUGCUUUUCUACCUCCGCCCCUCAUGGCAGUACCAACGUCGAGCUUGCCAUCCGCAUCACCGUCGGCCAUAGUAUCUACACCAGCUAGUAGCUCGUCACACAGGAAAGAGUCAAUGCCACCACCGGCGCCGAAACAUACCUGGAAAUUGAAAGGUAUGGUGUCGGUGAUUCGCCAUGCUGAUCGAACGCCAAAGCAGAAGUACAAGUUUACUUUCCAUACGAAACCGUUUGUCGAUUUGCUUAAAGGCCACCAAGAGGAAGUAUUGUUAACCGGAGAGGCUGCGCUUGACAGCGUAAUCAUGGCUGUUGAUAUUGCAAGGCGAGAAGGAAUUGAAGACAGUGAAAAGUUGAGGACAUUGCGAAACGCUCUUGUUAAAAAAGGGGGGUGGGCAGGCACCAAGGUUCAGAUAAAGCCCAUGUUCCGAGAAAGGAAGCCGGAGGAAUCGUUGGCUAGCAUAUCUGAAGCCAUGGAUCCCAAGAUUCGGGCUGUAGCCGCAACUCCACAGUCGUCUACAAAAGUACAGGAGAAGGAAGCUACGUAUGAAGAGGAAAUUUCAACUGCAGGUGAAGGAGCCGGUGAAAGAAAUCCCAGAAAACCUCCAACGAGAAGCGACUCUCUUUCUGGCAUCACUCUAUCUCGAAUAACAGCCGCGGAAAACAGUCUCGUUCUAGAUAAGCUGCAGCUCAUCGUGAAAUGGGGGGGGGAACCAACGCACUCGGCCAGAUACCAAUCCCAGGAACUCGGGGAGAAUAUGCGAAACGACCUGAUGUUGAUGAAUAGAGAGAUCCUGGACGAAGUUCAUGUUUUCAGCAGCUCGGAGAGACGUGUUACAACGAGCGCACAAAUCUGGGCCUCUGCGUUCACCGAUCAAAAGGACCUCCCUUCGGAUUUUAUCACUAUUAGAAAGGACUUAUUAGAUGAUUCGAACGCCGCCAAGGAUGAGAUGGACAAAGUCAAGAAGAAGCUCAAGACCCUGCUUAGACAAGGAAUUGAGGCACCGCCGCAGUUUGCCUGGCCUACAAACAUGCCCGAACCUUCUAUCGUCCAGGCUUAUGUUGUGCAGCUAAUGAAGUUCCAUCGACGGGUCAUGCGCCAUAACUACAAAAAGCUCUACGGGGGUUCCUCAUCAUCCCUCAACACUAUUGCAAAUCCAGGUGAUAAACCAAAUGGCAACUCCUCGGCCAUGGGCUCGUCCAUGGCUCAGGCAACCGCUCAAGGCAACGUCCAGUCCCGCUGGUGCUGCGGCGAAGAUGCGGAACUAUUCAAGGAGAGAUGGGAAAAGCUGUUCACCGAGUUCUGUGACGGGGAUAAAGUAGACCCAAGUAAAAUUUCUGAGCUCUAUGACACCAUGAAAUUUGAUGCCCUGCAUAAUCGGCAAUUCCUAGAAUGGGUCUUUACGCCGAGCAAAAGCAUCCUCGAAGAGGAGGAGGAGGCCCUUACAGCGGAGUCGAAAGGCAUAGAGAAAGAACAGCCAAGAGAAACGGAAGAUUCCCAUCCAGAAUCAAGCCAGACUCAGCCGAUAGAAAAGGUGGAAAGCAACAAAGGCCCACACCGCCGCAUUUUCAGAAAACGGUCGAUGAUGGUUGGAAAUGGAAACAGAACUACCGAGGAGGCACCAGAGCAAUACUUCCGUCUUUUCACUGGCAGUAGCCAAACCAGGGCCAAAACCGAUGCACGCCUCGAGAAACUGCGAGAGCUUUACCGGUUGGCAAAGGUUCUAUUUGAUUUCAUCUGUCCACAGGAGUACGGAAUUACCGACCAUGAAAAGCUCGAAAUCGGCCUACUAACAUCUCUUCCUUUGCUCAAGGAAGUUGUUCAGGACCUUGAAGAGAUGCAGGCAUCAGACGACGCCAAGUCCUUUAUAUACUUCACCAAGGAAUCGCACAUCUAUACUCUCCUUAACUGUAUCCUCGAAGGUGGUAUUGAAACCAAAAUCAAACGCAGCGCAAUCCCUGAGCUCGACUACCUCUCGCAAAUAUGCUUUGAGUUGUACGAAUCUGAGAACAAGACACCACCAGAUGCUCCUCCUGGAGACGUGCCAAAAUAUGCGUAUUCUAUCCGCAUCACAAUCAGUCCAGGGUGCCAUACGUUCGAUCCGUUAGAUGUGCAACUCGACAGCAAGCACUGCAUCGGCUGUGCGCCCAGACGAAGUUUAACUGCGCAUGGCGAUUGGAAGAAGGUCAUCGAGACGCUGAGAGCAAAGUUCCAUCAGGUAAAACUCCCAAAGAGUUUCCUAGCGGUGAAUUUGAGCGAGUCGCAUACAUUUCACAAGAAAGACGAAUUAGACGAACUGAAGAAAGACGACUCGACCGCUUCAACGAAUCAUAGUUGGACAACUAUAGAUAAGGAGGCUCCAAGAGAAACUCAACACGAUGGAAAUCCAGUUCAAGACGCAACGGUGCACAGUUCCGGAGCUACUACUCCACACACGAAUACCACAAACGCCUGA